AUGGGUAAAAAAGCAUUCAUCGACAAAAAGGCUGCAAAGCAUUUCCACGUAGUACAUAGAUCCCAAAAGGAUCCUCUUAUCAAUGACUCUGAGGCUCCUGAUCGUGUCCUCCAAGAGGUCUUACCUAUUAAUAUGAUGAAGCACAAAAGUCAAGCCGAGAUUGAUCGUGUUAAGGUUAAGCCUGAAAAGUUGACUCAAGACGAAAUUGACCAACGUAUUGGCCAAGCAGCACUUUAUGGUGUAUUCUACGACGAUACCGAAUAUGAUUAUACUCAACAUUUAAAGCCUAUCGGUGGCAUCGAUACCGUAUUUUUGGAAGCACCCGGCAAAAAAGAAAAGCAAAAGACGAUGGAUUCCAUGUUCAAGGAUGACGAUACUCACAGAGAGCAAAAGAACCCCAACCUUUUCCAGUUACCUACCGAAGUUUUACCUUCCAGUAUCGAAAUGAGUGUGGGUGUCAUGAAUCAAUCUACCGGUCUCGAUAAUGGUCUCCAGCCUGAUAUGGACCCUAGACUUCGUGAAGUGUUGGAAGCUCUUUCAGAUGAUGAAUAUAUCAAGGGUGAUUUGGAUGAAGAUUUCUUUGAAUCCCUUAAUGCUGAAGGUGAUCCAUAUGUUCCUGAGGAAGAAGAGGAUGAAGAAGAAUAUUUCAACUCUUCAGAUGAAGAGAUCGAGGAAUAUUAUGAAGACGAAGAGGAAGAAGAGGAGGGUGAGGGCCAAGGACCCAGUGGUGAAAACUACGAUUGGCAAGCAGCUUUCAAAAAAUUCAAAUUAAAUCAAAAACGUGGAGGAUCUGAUGAUGAAUUUGACGAUGAAGUUCAAUCCAAGGGAACCAGUUUUUCUGUUUCCUCUUCUACCAUGCAUCGUAACUCACAGCUUCGUUUAUUGGAUGAUAGAUUUGAAAAGAUCGAAGAGGAAUAUGCUGAGCUUGACGAAGAGAGCGAUUAUGAAAGUGGUGAAGAACAAGAAGAACGUGCUGAUUUCGAUGCUAUUUUGGAUGACUUCUUAGAUAAAUAUGAAAUUGUCGGUAGAAAGAUGCAACCCAAGAUGGAAGGUAUCACUUCUGCAGCAAAACUUGACACUGUCCGUCAAGGUUUAUUAAAAACACAUAUCCACGAAGAAGAAGAACGCGAACCAAGAGCAAAACUCACACAAGCAGCUCUUCAACCUAGAUUGGAAAGACCUGAAAUGAGAAAGAGAGAGACUUGGGAUGUUCAAAGUGUGAUUUCUACUUACUCAAAUCUGGAAAAUCAUCCUUCUUUAAUUAAUGAUAAGGGUCCUUCAAAGAGAAUCAGAAUCGAUCCUAAGACUGGUAUGCCUGUCUUGAUGGAAGUUGAACGUAAACAAAAGCCACCAAGAAAGAACAGACAUGCAGUAGAAGAAGAGGAGGAGGAGGAAGAAGAAGACGAAGAAGAAGAAGAGGAAGAAUUAGAAAAUAAGGGUGCACCUAGAACCAAAGAAGAGACAAAGGAAGAAAAGAAGGCACGAAAACAAGCUGUUAAGGAAGCUAAAAAGGUAUGA